AUGAACCAAGACCUCGAAGAUGAAAUCACGUCGAUAAAUUCCAUCUACGACGAGGAGACCCUUACGGCUACCGAGAGCAACGAUUCAUCAUCCAUCCAGUGCGUGCUGCGCCUCCCGUCGCUGCCGUCGGUCACGCUGCGUCUGUCCUUCCCGCCAGACUACCCAGACGCCCCGCCGUCGGUUUUAGGAACGCAGAGCGUCGGCGACGACGUGCCCAAGGGCUUCGGCACCAAGGUCGUCGACGUCGUCCGCGAUGUUCUGGCGCGCGUCUACCGGCCCGGCGAGCCGUGCGUGUUCGACGUGCUCGACGAGGUGGGCGAGAUGGUGGAGCGCGAGCGCGAGGCUAUGCAAGAGCAGGAAGAAAAUGGUUUGACUUCCACCUCCCACGAACACCACCACCACGAGGAGGACGCCGGGGCUGAGGACGAGCCAUCGUCGGCGCCGCAGAUGAGCGAAGAGGAUCUCGGCCCGCCGCCGCCGUGGGUGCUGAGCGAGCCGCUGUCGGAGAAGAAGUCGGUCUUCCUGGGGCGCGCGGCGGCCUGCACCAGCGUCGACGAGGCCAAGCGCUGCAUCGCCCACCUGCUCGCCACCGACAAGAAGGCCGCCCGCGCCACGCACAACAUCACCGCCUGGCGCAUCCGCGGCCAGAACGGCGCCCAGUUCCAGGACUGCGACGACGACGGCGAGUCGGCCGCCGGCGGCCGCGUGCUCCACCUGCUGCAGCUGAUGGACGCCUGGGACGUCGUCGUUGUUGUUACGAGGUGGUACGGCGGUAUACAGCUGGGACCGGACCGGUUCAGGCUCAUCAAUCAGGCUGCGAGGGAUGCGGUCGUGACAGGUAAUUUUGUGAGGGAGGAGAAGAAGGAGGGGGGUGGGAAGAAGAAGGGGAAGAAAUGA